GCAGUUCCGGUGUGUGUGUGUCACACAGGCAGGGAGGAAGUUGAUAAGAGGUGGGGGAGUGCAGAGAAACGCCCUGAGCUGAGGGGCCUUUUGGAAACGCCAACAAGUCAACUGAGCAGUCCACAGAAAUCCCCGAACCCUCUUCCUGGUCCACGCUGGUGUCCAAAGAGUUCUUUGCGUAGAGACCGCAGCCUCAAGGUAGGGUUCUUAUCUGGUUUAUGGCUUACAGGUUUAGUUUUGACAGAUUAAGAAGAGGAAGCUCCUCCUCCGCCUCUCAACUAUUCCUAGACAGGCUCACUUAUGCACAAACCCAUGGGGCCUCUCCACUGAAGUCCAACAAUGGUGGAGCCAUCACUUGAACUAGGAGCCCCGCAACAGGAGAGAGGGAUUGCUUUCCAGCCCUCCCUGUGGACUUCCUGGAAGUAUCUGGUUUUCCACUGUGGGAAGCAGAAUGCUGAAUUGGAUAGACCAUUGAUCUCCUCCAACAGGGCUGUUCUUUAUUUUGUGGGAGAAGCCUAUGUAGGUCAGAGCACACUUCCUCACAUGUUCUCCUCAGCAGGGAUGGAGAUUCUGCCACCGUUCCUGGCAUGGUUAGACUCCAUCUCCCAUUAGUCCCAACCAGCAUGACCAAUGGUCAAGGAUGAUAGGAGCUGGAGUCCAGCAAACAUGCAGCAGGCCACAGAUAGCCCAUCCUUGUACUUGGCAUAGAGAGUAAAGUAGCAAACAGUAGGGGGAAAGAAACUCUGGAACGGAAGAGUUUAUUCUAGCCUGUGGUAAUUCUGCACAAAAGUCUAAUGACCACUGUAAGCACAGUGAUCUUUCACAUCGGAAGAGACUGGCAAUAAUACAAAUCCACCUGACUUUAAAUCUCGUGUUGCAGGGUGGAUGGGAGAGCAUUGGCUAUGAAUCCCGAAUAAUUUGGAAUCAAAUUUGGUGAUAAAUUCUAGUUCAGCUAUUUCGCUCUGGAUCCUAGUUGUUUGGUUAAAACUGUUGACUACAGCAGGACUUCACAGGGGAUUUAAAUGCUGACUUGCCUUACUCUGCGUAUCUCUGAGGAUCCUUCUACCGUUUAAGCAUUUUGGCAGGCUGGCCGUACCGACCCUGCCUCCUGUGCAUUUAUCAGCAAGCUGACCCGAGAUAAAGUAAGCACAUUAAAAAAUGCUAGGAGACCUCUUCAUCUCCAGUUCAUAUUUCUCUUAGAGAGCAUUAUAGUACUUGUGCUAUUUUAUUCUCUAGGUUAUUUAAUCCAGCACAAAGGGAACAUCCCCUGUAAAAUACCCAGUCGCUUGCCCUGGAGGAAGUGAAAUGCCGCUACUUCCUUCUAUUUCUGACGCUCAGGGUGUGAGCACCAAUCCCUGUUGGGCCAAAAUGGCACCACCCACGCACAGGAGAGAGAGAGAGAGAGAUUAGGAUCCCACUUCUUACUGUGCCCACUUGUAAAGAAGAGGAGGGUCACCUUUGCUCUUAAUAAUAUGCUAAAGAGCUUGUGGGUUUUCCUGGAAACGGUUGUAAUAAUAGCUGACACUUGAUGAUGGUGGAUUGUAUGUGUCUGGGGGGGUGUUGCUUAAAAUGACUUCAAACGUCUUUGGGCACUGCAAAUUUAUAGGUUUGUUUGCCACUGGGUCAAAUUAAGAUGAUGGAUGGUGAGGUCUUACCAGCAGUUGUACGUUGUUUCCCCAUAAGCAAAAUGUAAAAAUAUAUGCUUUACAAAUGAAGGGGAAGGAGAAAUUUGUUCUACUUUUUCUAGUGGACUGACCCAAUCCAAUGCUACUCAACUUGUCUGUGGACUGUAGUGCAAUUCCCGAUCAGAUUGCACACUCCUCUGAAUUUUGCAAUACAGUUUUGAUGCGUGCACAGAAAUACAUCGAAUGAAAAAAUAAGUGUACAAAAAGUGUACUUUACAGGAAAAUGAACUGAAAAGAUUUGGAGGGGAAAUGUGUAUUUUGUGUAAAGCGUGUAUGAGACGCAUAAAACUUAAAUGUGAGUUUUCUGUGAGUUCUUUCAAAAAGUCUGAACAAAAUGGGAUGGAACAAACGUGUGACGUCGGCUUGCAUACACACCAUAUACUGGUAGUUAAAGCACAUGGCUUCCCCCAAAUAAUUCUGGGAACUUUGGUUUAUCCCUCAGAGAGCCAUAGGGCCCAGGAUCCUUAAACUACAAUUCCCAGGAACUGGUGUGUAUGCAACCUAAGCACCAACAAUACUGGAACUGGACAGGAACAGGCUACUCAGUCCCAGUUCCCCUGAUUUUGGCCCAGCUGCCCUUCCUUUUUAGCCACUCUAUUCUUCAUCCAGUUUGCUCCAUAGCCCUUAGCUCCCAAAAGUACCAGGGAGCCAGCUGGGCUGUGUAAUGCUGGAAAACAAGCUCAAGGAUGAUCCUGACUCCUGUCCGUCUCAUCUCGCCAUUCCCCAACAAGACCAGGGCUUCGACAGGAUCAUCUGGUUUCUCUGCUGGAAGAUCUCCCAGGAACCCAUCCCUUUUUCCAAGGGCAGACCAUCUGCACAGGUCCACCACCCCUGCAGGGCCAAAUUGCCACCACCAAUCCAGACUUAAUUAGGGGGGAGCAGAGCACACGGACACCACUUCAGACCACCUACCACAUCACUAAAGGCAAAAGCUACAUCGAGCAUACGCUCUGCUUGGUGUGUUGGGUCAUUGAUCACUUCAGGGUGGCUGUGAAGGCCAUCAAGCCCUGAGCUGCCCCCACAGCCUCCAGGUGGAUGUUAAAAUCACAAAUGUCCUGGCAUCCUCCCACAUCAGAUUAAAAUCCACCUGGGCCAGUUCAGUCCGCAGCAUCCCCAGUUUGUAUCUCUGCUCCAACACUAGACACAGACCCUGUAUGCUUGCCCUGAGAUCAAGACAUUUCCUAAUGGAGGAGAUGGGAGCUCCUAUGGGCAGCUCCAUCUCCAAACUUCCAGUUGGACCUGGUGCUGCACCAGGUACCCAGGAAGGCGCAGUGCAGUUAGGUUAGACCCACCAAGCUCACCCCGCACUCCCAGGUCUUAGUGGUCCAUGGCAGAUCUGCCCCUUCAUCUGCAAUCACAUUAUGAUGACUAUGGUCUUGCUUUGGACUGACCUGCCAUUCAGUACUAGCACUGCCACAACAGAGGGCUCGGUAGAAAGGCAUCCAGCGAUUUCUUGUGAAGUGGAGAGGCUGGAAACAGUGAUGAGGAGUCUUACCCCACAAAUAAUACCGGUAAUCUCCCUGCCCAUGACUACUGGAAUGGAUGUCAAAAUUGGGACAGUAUAAUGGUAACCCCUUGCCACUCAGACAGACGUUACCAUCACCCCAAAAGGAAAGUCACAUGCAGUGCAAAAAAAUAGGGCUAAAGAUGAUAAUUGAAAGACCAGUAAUAGGAAGCACAUUCCACAAUGCUGGUUGGAUUAUAUUCAUUCUAAACACUCCUGCCUCCCACUCACGGCAGACCGUGCAGAAACCAAAUUUGCUCUCGGCCUGGAUCAGGAUCACCAGCCGGUUCUGCCUCUAAAUAUCAGUUUCUGGGAAGAGCAGGUGGGAAUCAUGGAAAUGUAGAGCUGGAAGGGACCAUGAGGGUCAUCUUGUUUAACCCCCUGCAAUGCAGGAAUAUUUUGCUCAACAUGGGGCUCAAACCCACAACCCUGAGAUUUAGAGUCUCAUGUUCUGAGCUACCCAAGAGUUGCUGUCAUGCUCAGGUCCUGCUUGUGGGCUUCCUUCCCACUGAGGCAGCUGGUUGGCCACUGUCAGAACAGGACGCUGGACUAAACCUAACCUAACGGGGUUGUGCAUGUUUUGGAUCUCUUGGAACAAAGCUAUAAAUUUAGAGGGGCAAAAAGAAACUUGCUAACUGGCUGUUCUUUAAAAUGAUGUUUCACUCAUUUCAGUGUGAGCAUGAAAUGUUUGGUAACCCUGGUCAGGGUUGCCAAGUAAGAUUAGCAAGAAUCGCCCUUGACUACCGUAGCAAAAUGAACAGAUAUUUCACCAGAUUCUGGGCAUGAUAGUCACAGGGCUGUGACCCAUGCAAUGUCAUGAAUUUAUUUACUGUGAGUGGGUUUGUUGCUAUGUUUUUGCUGUGAAGCAGGAACGGGGAAUGUCUGUGGCCUUCCUGAUGUUCUUUGAUUCCAACUCCCAUCAGCCCCAGCUACCUUGGCCCAAUAGUCAGGGAUUGUGGGAGUGUAGUCCAACUCCACCUGCAUCCCCCUUUUAAACACUAGUCAUAUCCACACUGUACAUUUAAUGCACAAUGGGAAUACCACUUUGAAAGUCAUGGCUUCCCCCCAGAAGAAUCCUGGGAACUGUAGAGCUACAAUUCCCAGCAGUCUUAAAGAACUACAAUUCCCAGGAUUCAUUGGGGAAAUCCAUGUGCUUUAAAUAUAUGGUGUGGAUGUGACCACCGCCUCCUGUCAUGUUGCAUUCCUUGGCAUUAACCCAGGUGGCCCUCCAGAUAUUGCUGAACUGCAGUGGUACCUCGGGUUAAGAACUUAAUUCAUUCUGGAGGUCCGUUCUUAACCUGAAACUGUUCUUCUUAGAGAGCUAGUGUGGCUUAACCUGAAACUGUUCUUCUUAGAGAGCCAGUGUGGUGUAGUGGUUAAGAGUGGUAGUCUCGUAAUUUGGGGAACCGGGUUCGCAUCUCCGCUCCUCCACAUGCAGCUGCUGGGUGACCUUGGGCCAGUCACACUUCUCUGAAGUCUCUCAGCCUCACUCACCUCACAGAGUGUUUGUUGUGGGGGAGGAAGGGAAAGGAGAAUGUUAGCCGCUUUGAGACUCCUGAAGGGGAGUGAAAGGCGGGAUAUCAAAUCCAAACUCCUCCUCCUCCUCCUCUUCUUCUUCUUCUUCUUCUUCUUCUUCUUCUUCUUCUUCACCACCUUAACCUGAGGUACCACUUUAGCUAAUGGGGCCUCCCGCUGCCGCGCGAUUUCUGUUCUCAUACUGAGGUAAAGUUCUUAGCCCAAGGUACUAUUUCUGGGUUAGCGAAGUCUGUAACCUGAAGCGUCUGUACCCUGAAGCGUCUGUGACCUGAGGUACCACUGAACAACUCUCGUCAGCCCCAGAAAGCAUGGGCAAUGGCUGUGCAUGAUGGGACUGGAGUUCAGCAGCAUCUGUUUGGCCAAAGGUUCCCCACACCUGCCGCGCAGCACACCUGAACAAUCUAUCGGUGGCCUUGUUCUGCCACCUUUGGGGCAUCGGGGACAAUGCACUUAGUUUGGAGAGUUCAGAGAGGACUAGAAGCUUGAAGGGCAGCAUUCCACGCAGCUCAUAGUCAAGGCUUUGGGUCCAUCAUGACUCAUUGUAACAUGAGCAAAAGGCAAAUUUAGCACAACUGGAGAGGAGACAUCAUAGUACCAAGAAAGGAAGGAAGACAAGAAAGCUGGAGAUUAUAGCAGUCUAGACAAGGCCUUUGACAGGAAGUGUCUUACCCAGUUCUGUUCCAUCCUGCUGGUAGGAGUGAGCCUUGCUCUGGGCGCAUGGAAGAUUAUACUGCUUGAUUUCCCAACCACACAGGAAGAAAUGGGUAACUUGUCAAACCUGGCUUGCAGGUUGUAAAUAUGGAGAGUGCAUUGCACAGUGCACCCUGCAAUAUGCUAGGCUUCGGUUUAAAAAAAUAAAAUUUCCAGGAGUGGUUUUGUCUUUUGUUUUGACACAAAAGUAUUCAACUAUGCUAUUCCUUCCCCUGUAGACCUCAUCUACUCUAUGUUUAAAGCAGAAUCAUUCCACUGUAAACAGUCUUGGCUCUCCCCCCCCCCAAUAAUCCUGGGAAAUGUAGUCUGUUAUGGGUGCUGGGAGUUGUUAGGAGACACACACCCCCCCAUUCCCCUCCCAGAACUACAAUUCUCAGACUCAGUCCCUCCUCCCAAGGAACUCCAUCUACUGUGGCGGCAGGCAGCGGUGUGGGGGGGGAAUUGGAGGCUGAGCACCCACAGAAACACAUUUGUGGGUGCCCAGGCCCCCUGGAAUUGGUGCCCCUGCAUGUGGCCCUCAGAAGGUUACCCAGAAGAGAAUGUGGCCCCCAGUAUGAAAAUGGUUUCCUGCUACAGGUUUAAGGCUUGGUAGCAUGAGCUUCUUGAAUUGAGCCUGGAAAUGAACUGUCGGUGCUUUUUCUUUCCCUCAACCCUUGUAUCCUCUGCUCUCUAGGGCUCUCACCAUGGCUGGGUUGAAAACAGCCAGUGGGGAAUACAUUGAUGACUCUUGGGAGCUCAGAGCCUUUGUGGAAGAUCUGGGACCCGAAGCUGACCCAGUCACCCUCCGGGUCACCGGCAACAUGCAUAUCGGCGGCAUAAUGCUGCAGAUUGUGGAUAAGUUAAGUAAGUCUUCCAAGAUGUUUUCCCUCACUGCUUUUCUUGUUGAAAGAGGUUGAUAUCCAGCUCAGCUUGCAUAUACAACAUAUAUUUAAAGCGCACACCCCGAGAGAAUCCUGGGAACUGUAGUUUCCUCCUACAGAGGAAUAAUUCCCAGCACCCUUAACAAACUACAGUUCCCAGGAUUCUUCUAUGGUGUGUACAAAGGAUACUCCUGGACCCAUUUGUGUGUGUUUGGGAGAAUAAUUGUGACUCAGUGGGGGUGGGGGAAUUGUGGUCGGAUCCUUUUCCCGUGUGGGUUUCUGGCACUGCUUAGAUAAGCAAUAUGUAUAAGCUUAGAGCCUGUCAUUUUCAGGGGAACUGGUGCUAGUUCCCCUUACAACCCACUUAGAGGGUGAUGUGAUAAGUAGGCCCAGAACUAACCAAGCUAUUCUUAGCUGAACAGGGCUAGGGCCAUUUUGACAGCUGUUUCUGAGGUGGCACAGUCCUUGCAAAGUGGCUGUACCAUGUCAACUUAAUGCACGGAGCACAGAGAAAAUGGGGGAAAUGGAGCCGUUAAAAACCAGGGUUCCUUCUCCCUCUCUCUCUCAGAAAGGAAAGUUUUCUCUUAUUCUUACUUGGUGGAUGUUUAAUGGAAACAAAGACAAGGAACUUUGGGGUGGUCAAGAAACAAAUGCAGGAAUUGGGUUUGGUUUAACUUCAGCUGAUCUUAACCUCGUCUAAGAAACCUGAAGAACUUCAAUUCUGUUUAAGUAGUGGGAUGCGAAAGGGUAAUGCUAAAUGCCAUUCACACAAGAUCACAUAUUGGUAUUCCAUGUUAAUUAAUAAAAUAAUGAUAUUUAUUUAUUAAAUUUAUAUACCGCCCUUUGCCCAAAAAUCUCAGGGCAGUACACAAGAUAAUAGUCUGUCAUUGCCACUGUCAUAAAGAACGACAAAACUGAUAUUGCCCCACCCAAUACAUUUCAAGCCCUGUUAAACCACUUUAACAGUCAUGGCUUCCCCCCAAAGAAUCCUGAGAAUUGUAGUUUGUUAAGAGUGCUGAGAGUUGUGAGGAGACCCUCCUUGUUCUCUCACGGACCUACAAUUCCCAGAAUGGCUUAACACCUAAGCCCUGUUUCCAGGGAACUUUGUAGCUCUGUGACUCUGUGAGAGGAAAACUGUAGCUCUGUGAGAGGAAAGGGGGUCUUCUCACAACUCUCAGCACCCUUAGCAAACUACAGUGGUUCAAAUCAGGAGUUGGCAACCUCAGGCUAUAGGGCCAAAUGUAGCCCCUCAGGCCUCUGUCUGGCCUUUGGGACUCUCUGCAGGUCACACCCUCUAUCCUCAGGCCACAUCCCUUGUUGGCCUUGCUUCGUGCCCUCCUUGAGUGUAUUUUUCCCCUGGCUGAAAUAUGUUCUUGAGCAAGUGCCAUUUUUCUAGAAAAAGAGGUGCCAGAACUAAUCGUGUGCACCUCGUUCUCUUUAUAAUGGCAAUGGCACCCACUUGAGAUGUGCCAGAACUCUGACAAUGCCUUUUGCUUGUCUGGAUGGAAGAUAGAGAGUAUAUGUGAAGACUAGCCUCCUCUACAAAGGUAAAAUGUACAUUUGUUGCUUUGCCCGAUUUUGCUUCUGACCCUACUGGCAUGUGGACCCCAGAAGGUUGUGUAGAAGGGAAUGCGGCCCUCAGGUGGGAAAAGGUUUCCCAACGCUCAUUUAAAUCAAGCCACCCUGGAUUAUUUAUUAUUUUCAGUACUGUAUUCUCUGGCCCUGUGUCUUGAUGCUAAAUGCUAAAGGGUAUUCCCUGCCUCAACUUUCCUGCUUCCAGAGCUUCAGAGGGACUGGUCAGAUCAUGCCCUGUGGUGGGAGCAGAAGAAACUUUGGCUGCUGAAGACCAACUGGAGCCUGGAUAAAUACGGGAUCUUGGCUGAUGCCAAACUUCGGUUCACUCCCCAGCACAAGCCUAUACUGCUUUCCCUACCGAAUCGCUGCAAAGUCAGGAUCCGGGCAAACUUUGCCCAGCCAGUCUUCCGCACAGUUGCUGACCUUUGCAAGAUACUUGGUGAGCACCACAAGAAGCUCAGAGCAUCUCCUGGGAGCGGCAAGGAGGGCGAGUGCUUGUCUCCAACGCUCUGAAAUGUUAUUUAGUGCAAGGGUUGCCAGUGUGAGGCCCAUGGGCACCCAGUAUCUCCUCAAAAACCCAAAAUGCGCUAGAGACUGUUUGCUUUUCCAGCUCAAUUCCUAUUUCAUACCUCCCAGGUACCCCAGAAAAAAAGGGACAUCCAAUUUUUUCACAUGAGAUCGCAGUGGCCAUUUUGGGUGUCACGAUCUUGCAUGUUUUUGGGCACCAUGCAAAAUCUCACCCGGGGGGGGGGACACUUUUCAGGUUGAGAGCACUGUGCGGGUCAUGUGACUCACCCGGGAUCAGAUACAGGAAGAUGUGCAUCCCAGUUUUGGCUCCAUAAAAGUUGGACAGUAUGCUGUUUUAACUGGCUUGACCAUUGUACAUGGCCCUUUAAACGUGCCCACAUUUAACUGGAUGCCCCCGCUGUCCCUUCUGUUUUGAACAGAGGAGAGAGAGGUAUAAAGAGCUUCUCUUUGUGAGGAAGCAUGGGGAUGGAUGUAGGGCGUGGAGCAUGCCCACUCUAUGUUGUGUUCCUAUCUGUUUUUGUGAUAAUUUAGGUGUGGCAGCCAUUUUGUGCUGUUCCACUCCCUCCCGGCAGCCAUUUUGUCUUAUCGCACAUACAUUUUGUGAGUGGCACCCACAGCACUUUCUGAAUGUUGCAAUGGGGCUCACUGUACCCAAAAGGUUGGUGACACUUUGCUUAGUGCCUGUCCAGCUGGUUCAGUUUCAGAGAUUGGGCUUUCUAAUGCUAUGUUUCCAAGCCCUAUGGUUUAAACAUCAGAGGAGGGCAGGGUGCCUGGCCCCAAACACAGGCUGGGCAACUACAUUUAUAUUCAUUGUGCAGGGGCAGAGAAAGCUACAAUGGCUGGAAUUUUCUCCUCUGCACAAUUAAUCCUGCUCCCUGCCCUCCUAUGCAGCUGGUCACCCUUAGAAUAAUAUAAUUGUAGAGUUUAUACUUUUAUUUGCAACUACAGUGGUACCUCGGGUUAAGUACUUAAUUCGUUCUGGAGGUCCGUUCUUAACCUGAAACUGUUCUUAACCUGAAGCACCACUUUAGCUAAUGGGGCCUCCUGCUGCUGCUGCCGCGCUGCCGGAGCACGAUUUCUGUUCUCAUCCUGAAGCAAAGUUCUUAACCCGAGGUACUAUUUCUGGGUUAGCGGAGUCUGUAACCUGAAGCGUAUGUAACCUGAAGCAUAUGUAACCCGUGGUACCACUGUAUUUAUACAUACCCUCCAACAUUUAUCCAAUGAAAAUAGGGACACCCUAUUCAAUAAUAAUAAUAUUUAUACCCCACUCAUCUGAUUGGUUUGCCCCAGCCACUCUGGGCAGCUGCCAACAUAUAUAAAAACAUAAUGAAACAUUUAAAAAAACUUCCCUACAUAGGGCUGCCUUCAGAUGUCUUCUAAAGGUUGUAUACUUACUUAUCUCUUUGGCUUGGGGUUGCAUAACUCCAUACCUUCCAGCAUUUAUCCAAUGAAAAUAAGGACAUCCUAAGGAAAAGUGAGACAUUCCAGCAUCAAAUCAGAAACAGGAACGACUUCUGUAAAACUGGGACUGUCCCUGGAAAAUAGGGACACUGGGAGGGUCUGUUCAUAGAAGUAUAAAUUCUGAAGAUGGUUGUGUUUUGGUUCUCAGAUUCUUUUGGAAAGUGAGAAUUAGGAAGGUUUGCCUUUAAAUGCAAACUGAAUUGAAUUUAUCUGGCUAUGAUUAGCCUGAAUAAAGGACUCAUGCAGCCUCUGCCUCUCUGCAGGUAUCCGUCACUACGAAGAGCUGUCGUUACUGCGUGCGCCGGAGGAGAAGGAGAAGCGGAAGCAGAAGGACAAAGAGAGGAGCUCUGUAGCAAGCCAUGACCUGACUGGGGUGCGCUUGCCAGCAAGUAAGGAACUUAGGGGUGUCCAAAUGACUGACUGACUGUGUGUGUGUGUGUGUGUGUGUGUGUACAUUUGUGCAUGCACCUGCCUGUGCAAAAGUGUGUAGCUUCAGGAUUCACUGGAAAUAGGAUAAAGCAACAUUAUCUCAGUCUAUGAAAAACCUGGGGGAAAAGGUAAGAUGUCAGUGAAGGCACCAGGUGGACCUCACUGAAGAGAGCAUUCAACAGAUGAGGCGCCACAACUGAAAAGGCCCCACUCUGGAAGGCUACCUCUGCAUUAGGAGAAGCAUCCUGAUGGUAAGAGCUGUUUUCACCAUGGAAGCGUCUGCCUCAAGAGGUGGUAGGCACUGGAGGUGUUUAAGUAGAGGCUUUCAGGGAUGCUGCUAUUGCAAGAUUCCUGCAAUGAGUAGGAAUGACCUCCAAGGUCUCAAUUCAGCUGUAAAAUUCUGUGAUUCCAUGGGAGGCACUUCUCUCUUUGGAACCGGGUCUCUUCCCAGGUAAUUUAUUCUCGCCACAUGGAGCCCAGAAGUUCAGUUGCACUUACUUGAACAAGCCAAAGGUCAUACGAUGAUCCUUCUCAAGAGGACAAAUUAUACAGGCUGCCCAAUUCCGCAGCCAUGACCCCUCCGCCAUUCUGUUCUGUCACCAGGUGCAGAGCAGCAGCUGUUCCGCGGCAUGCCGGCUCACUUCUCGGACAGUGCCGAAACCGAGGCCUGCUACAGGAUGCUGUCGGUCAGUCAGACUGGACUGACACCCGAUCAGAUCUUGCAGAUGCACCGGCCAGGCUCCCUCUCCGAGAAGACGCAGAUCAACAGCAGGUAAGGAGAAGAGGGCUAGUUAGCUUGGGCAAACUGUAGGACUACUAUGAUGCAGAAGGGAAGGCGAAAGGCGGGACCCCCAAAUUUUGGCGUUGCACAGGGCACCGCUGUAAUUUGAGACCCCAAGGUCCGCCACUUUCUUGAAUGCAAGAGUUUGAGAUAUUUUGCUAGAGAGUGGUAUCUGCUUAUCUACUACGCAAGUGGGGAACCUGUGUCAAUUGAUCUAACAAAAUUUUUAUACUGCUGGAUGAAAUGAAACGCAGUAUUUUGCAGGAGAGAUUCAAGUGCUGGUUGGAAUUCCAUGUUUGUAAUUAAGAGUGGAUUUCUCUCCCAGGUGGCUGGACUCGUCGCGGACUUUGCUGCAGCAAGAAGUGAAAGAAAACGAUUGUUUGUGGCUACGUUUCAAAUAUUACAGCUUCUUUGACCUGGAGCCCAAGGUCAGUGCUCCCCUUGGAUCUGGGCCUUCAGCCUUACCCCACUUGUUUCUUUAAAAAAUAAUAUGCAUCCCCUAACCUGGUGGCUACUCCAAAAUCCUUCUGAGGAUCUCAGUUAUCUUUGUGUGUGUGUAGGUGCGUUUCUACUCCUCGCGACUUGGGGAGCUUCUAGUCCUAAUGACCAGGGAGCAAAACAUAUAAACAGGUUUUUUAAAAGGUGUCGGUAAACCUUGCUGAAGAUGUAGGGUUGCUCUGCCCAUUGUCUGUGACAUGUUUAGUAUGUGGCAUAUUUAGCAUUUUAAAACAUAUAUUUGCCUUGGAGUGUGUGCCACAGGGAACUACCAAUUUGUAGAGGGUUGCUUGCAGAGCAAGUCCCCACCCUUUGCUUUUUAAUGUGUAAGGCAGAGCAGGGGGGAACUGUGGCCCUCCAGGUGUUGCUGGUGUCCCAGCUUCCAUCACCUCUGACCACUGGCCAUACUGGUUGGGGCCUGAUGGGAGUUGGAGUCUCAACAUCUGGAGGACCACAAGUUCCCCAUCCCUGAUGUAAGGGAAGAUCUUGUAUUCCACCUAGACAGGAAGACAGGUGGGUUAAAAAUUCACUUAACUUCCUGGAGGAGGUGAAAUUUGAACCCUGGUUUGGCAUUCAGCCUCUGCUGUUGCUCGUUCCCUCCCAUGUAGUACGAUGCCGUGAGGAUCAACCAGCUGUAUGAACAGGCGCGUUGGGCCGUGCUACUAGAGGAGACAGAUUGCACCGAGGAAGAGAUGGUGGUGUUUGCGGCUCUGCAGGUAACCUUUUCUCCCUGGACAAAAAGUUUUCUGAGUGUUAGAAUCAUAGACUUGCAGAGUUGGAAGGGACCACAAGGGUCAUCUAGUCCAACCCCCUGCAAUGCAGGAAUCAUUUGCCCAACGAGGGGCUCAAACCCCUGACUCUGAGCUUAAGAGUCUCUUGCUCUACCAACUGAGCUGGAAUUAGUCCUUGAAUGCUGAUGGUGCUUCUCUGUUGUCUGGACGAAGGACAGAGACAGGAGCGUGUAUAUAAAUUAGCCUACUGCAAAAAAGGAAAAUUUACAUUAAUUGCUCCACUCGCUUUGUUGGUUUAUGGAAAAAUAGGUAUAUAUAGGAUAUAAGGAUAAUUCCCUGGACACCAAGAUCCAAGUUUGGGGUUCUCUUUGGUGAGAGAACCCCAGCAGAGAUUUAAAAUCACAAAACAUGCAGCAAGGUAAAGCAUGGAAAUAUAGGUUGCUGGACCUUUAAAAUUAGCCUUUCCAAAGUUUCCCCCUAGCAUAGAAAAAUAAUACACACUUGGUAAGUAAAAAAAAAAAAAGAUUUAAUUACAAACUCUCCAAAGGCCAGAUUCAUGUGCUUUUUCAUACAGCAUUCAGAAAAAGUUACACAGGAAGUAAAACUUGGCUUAGUUACAGUGCUAAAAGUUCCUAAAUUAGUAGUAUAGGUACUCCACAGUGGCUUGUAAGAGCAAUGUGCUCUGAGCUGCAGCAACCAGCUCAGACCUCCUCACACCUUGAGCUUCUCUGGUAGACCAAAGGUUGAACAAAUAGGCCUGAUUACCCAUUUCCUCCCAAGGUAAGGGGAUGUGACCUUGCUAAGCCUGGCAGGACAGCUUACUCUAUAGUAUUAACCCUUUCGUGCAUUAAUUAGACUUAAAAAGACAUCAGGGAAGUUUUUAAUGUGUGACAUUUUAAUGUAUUUUUAAUCUUUGUUAGAAGCCACCCAGAGUAGCUGGGGAAACCCAGCCAGAUGGGCGGUGUACAAAUAAUAAAUUAUUAUUAUAUUAUUAAACACGUUGGUUAUAUGAGGUUGGUUAUCCCACACUUUUGCCUCAGGCCCUGCCCACUGCUUGCAUUUGACCCUCGGGAAGUUGCUCAGAAAGGAAUGUGGCCCUUGAGCUCAAAAAGUUUCCCUGCCCCUGCACUAGGAGGUGUAAAUAAAUUGUUCUAUAAAUACGGAAAUAAGUAUUCAGAGCUUUGUUUUGAGACUCGAGUUUCAGUAUUGCACAAAGCUAAUUCACAGAGCUUUUGCUCCUUCCAGUAUCAUAUCAAUGAAUUGUCUUUGAACACCAAUCCCGUGGAGCAGUCUGGCGACUCUGGCCUUGACGACCUGGACAAGGCCCUCGCCACCUUGGAGGUCAAACUGGAAGGUUCGUCCGCAGCUCCCAACGUUCUGGUAAGUUCCCAACAGGGCCUGCCUUCCCUUAUGCGGAGGCAUUCUGACUGGAGCCUCCCUCUCUUGAUCUGAAUGUUGUUGCCAGCAAGGUUUCUAUCAGCUGCUGCUUCUGCUUCUGUUGCUAUUUAGUUCCCUUUUUCCUUUGGGGUUUUCUGAAAUGGGUUAUUUGUUUUAUUUUCGUUUACGAAUCCCCUCCCAUGAAAUAUCUCAAAGCAGUUUCACAAUACAAGCAAACAAUUGCACAAUUCCGUAUGUAAAAUAAAUAAACACAUUACCUAUAUAAAAGCAAUUUUUGAAAGGAGAAACAAAUGUUCAUCAGUAAACAGCUAAAAAUGCCCUGUGUGUAAAACAAUUGAUUUCGUAUGUAAAAAAAAGCAAUUUCAAAUCCAGUACUGACGGCAAUAAAGAUCUCCACUUAAGAGGCUUGUUAAAAAAGGGAAGUCUUUCCACCAGGGUCCAGAAGACAAGAGGGGUGGUAUUUCUCUGAUAAGUACCAGAAUGGAGUUCCAAAAGAUUGCAUUCAGUGCUAGGCCUUCUCAGAGUAGACCCAAGUUGAUAGACUUAAUUUACAUUCAUUAAUUGCAAUGGGGUCUACUUGGAGUAGAACCUAGAUGGAGACAACCCAAAAUGUUGCAUUGUUUUAUUUCUGCUGUUUGUAUUAUUAUUAUUAUUUAUUUGACCAUGAGACUGAAAGGCAGUAUAAAUACAGGAAAUAUGUAAAACCACCACCACAACAACAACACAUAUUUGUCAUUUCCAAAAUAGGACAGUCUCACAGUUAUCCCAGAGUUAAAGGAUUAUCUCCGAAUAUUCAGGUGAGCUAUCAAACCAUAUGUUUCAUGAGGGAAUGGAUCCUGGGGAAGGGCAGUGGCGCUCAGUGGUUAGAUCACCUGCUUUCCAUGCAGAAGGUCCCAGGUUCAAUCCCUGUCAUCUCCAGGAAGGGCUGGGAUAUUAUGAUCAACUAAAAACAUUAGCAAAAUGGGUGGAAUUGACCGGGAUGUUUAAGGGUUUGGAACACAAGGCUUUAUGGGGAACAAAUGAAAGAGCUGGGUGUGUUUAGCUGGGAGAAGAGGAGAUGAAGCUCAUGUCCUUCUGUCAGUCACCCUUUUUGCUCUACAGGCCCCGUAAGCUGACUCUGAAGGGCUACAAGCAGUACUGGGUGAUCUUCAAAGAGACCUCCAUCUCCUACUACAAGAGUCCUGAAGAAGCUCUGGGAGAACCUGUGCAGCAACUCAGCCUCAAAGGUGAGUCCAGCCACCUUGCCAACGCCUCUUUCCCAACCCGGCAUUAGUACGGCCUACAAAGGAUGGAGCACGUCUCCAAAUAUGAGUACAGUGGUAUCUUGGUUUAAGAACAGCUUAGUUUAUGAACAACUUGGAUUAAGAACGCUGCAAACCCGGGAGUAGGUGUUUUGGCUUGUGAACUUUGCCUUGGAAGCAGGACAUGUUGAGUGUGUUCCAUUUGUAAAUUGAGUCCCCCGCUGCUAUGGGAAAGCGUGCCUUGGUUUAAGAACGCUUUGGUUUAAGAACGGACUUCUGGAACAGAUUAAGUUUGUAAACCAAGGUACCACUGUAUAUGAAACCUGCCUUAUACUGCAUCAGACCAUUGGGUCCUUCCAGUUUAGUAUCAUCUACGCUGACUGGCACAGAGACUCUCGAGGGUUUCAGACCAAGAGUCCCUGUCAGAACUAUCUAGAGAUGUGAGGAAUUGAACCCGAGUCCUUCUGCAAAAAAAUUGCUCUAUCCCUGAGCCUCCAGCCCUUUUCCUCAACGAGAAAGUGCAGCUCCAUGAGUGUAGGGAUAGACAGACCAGUGGUCCCAAUUCUCUGCAGAAGACAGCAUUGUAUGCCAGCUUCUAACUGUUCCUAACCCUGUUUCUGCCCCACUCCAGGCUGUGAGGUUGUGCCGGACGUCAACAUCUCUGGCCAGAAAUUUUGCAUCAAGCUCUUGGUACCUUCCCCCGAUGGGAUGAGCGAAGUACACUUGCGAUGUUCGGAUGUGAGUGGGGUGGUGGGGAAGCCCGGUUUAGAACCACAGUUUAGGGCUGCCAUACGUCAACAAUCUUGGGGUCUUCCUAAAAAGAAAGCUCAACAACUUUUCGGGGAGUCCUGGUUUUUACUUUUUGAACUAUGGCAACCCUACCAUAGUUGGAAGGAGCCCUGAAAGUCAUCAUCUAAAAUCAGUGCAACUGCAGCACUGCAUCUCUGACUGGUGGGCCGCCGUUCCCCUCCCAGAGCUUACAAUUCCCAGUGGUUUAACCAUCAGUCCCUCUUCCCAGGGAACUCUGGAAGUGGGUUUUGUGAACCAUCCUGAGAUUUUCUAUAAAUCUAAUAAGCUUGAUAAAUCAAUAAAGAAAUAAUAGCUCUUUGAGGCGAAACAGGAGUCUCUGAACAACACUCAGCACCCUUAACAAACUACAGAAUUUUUUGGGGGGAAGCCAUGGCUAUUUACAGUAGUAUCAUAGCACUUUAAAUGUAUGGCAAGAACGCGGCCAGGGUCUUGGUUUUCUCAAUAGUCUGUGCUGCAGUAUUCUGCACUAACUGCAGUUUCCAGGCUGAGUACAAAGAAUGCCCCACACAAAGCCUGGACCUCAGCUCUAACGCCAUCCCAGUUGACUUCCUCCAAACAGCCUUGUAUAAGGAUGGGUGAGGGGCUAGAGCGAACUCAGUGUAAGGCAAGUGUCUUCCUCCUCUCCCUCACCAGGAACAGCAAUAUGCCCGUUGGAUGGCAGGUUGUAGGUUGGCAGCGAAGGGGAAGACCAUGGCAGACUCAUCCUACCAGGCCGAGGUGGAGAACAUCCUGUCCUUUCUGAAGCUGCAGCAAACCAACCCGGACGCCCGUCUUGCCCAGCAGGCCGAGGGAGCCCAGUGGCUCGUGUCUCCUCGCUACCAGAAGAAAUUCAAACCAAAGCAGGUAAUUUUGAGCCGCACGGCCCCAAACCACCCUGACCACUGAUUGCUUUGGCAGCAGUUGCCAGGAGAAAAAGUCAAUCUACAAAUCAGAUCCAUUGAAGUCUUAACAUGGGGCAUUCCUAUAGAUUGGGAGUGGGGAACUUUUGGCCCUCAAGACUACAACUCCCAUCAUGGUCAUAUUAUUAGUAUUAAUUUAUUAUAUACCUCUCAGUUGCCAAAGUAGCUUCUAAGCAGUUCACAAACAUCAAACCAAAUUCUUUUUUUAAAGAAAAAUAGGUAAAGGUAAAGGGACCCCUGACCAUUAGGUCCAGUCGUGACCGACUCUGGGGUUGUGGCGCUCAUCUCGCUUUAUUGGCCGAGGGAGCCGGUGUACAGCUUCCGGGUCAUGUGGCCAGCAUGACUAAGCCACUUCUGGCGAACCAGAGCAGCGCACGGAAAUGCUGUUUACCUUCCCCCCAGAGCGGUACCUAUUUAUCUACUUGCACUUUGAGGUGCUUUUGAACUGCUAGGUUGGCAGGAGCAGGAACCGAGCAACGGGAGCUCACCCUGUCGCAGGGAUUCGAACCACCGACCUUCUGAUUGGCAAGUCCUAGGCUCUGUGGUUUAACCCACAGCACCACCGCGUCCCUUAAAAAAAACAAUACACAUAAUUAAAAUCUGCCUUAGGUUUUUCAAAGCUGCUUUGUUGAUUCACUAUGCAUUCACACACCUCCUGAGAUACCUUGACUAAAUUCUUUUGCACAAUGGUUGUGAGGCCAAGGAAGAGGUUUGCACUAAUCUCUCCCUUUGCAACUCUCACAGUUAACCCCUCGCAUCCUGGAGGCCUACCAGAACGUGGCCCAGCUGUCGCUCCCUGAUGCCAAGAUGAAGUUUAUUCAAGUUUGGCAGUCGCUUCCCGAUUUUGGCAUCUCUUAUUUUGUAGUCAGGUAAAGAAACUGCUGAGCUUCCCUGAAAACCAUUUGGGGGGAACUGAAGUACCUUUUCAUGACCUGCCGCUGGUGUCGACAGCAAGAAUGAAAAAUCUUUCAGCGUUAUUUAUUUUAUUUUAUUCUGAAAGGCUUCUUCUGGAAGUUAUUUGCAUGUCUGAAGAAGUCUUUCCUUCUCCCUUUCUCAUGAUAGGUGUUUAAUUGAAAUAAAUUGAUGUGUAGCACACAACACCCCACACACCUCUGAUAAUAAGUAGAAUUUGGGGGCAACCAGUGAAACCAGAGAAGGCAGACAAGAGGGAGCCCUUCAUCUGAUGCAUAGAACAUAGCUAUGUUCUACCUCCAGAGUCAGAGGCAGUUUACCUCUGAAUACCAGUUGCUGAGAAUAACAGAUUGGCAGCGGGGAUUAGGAGAGUCUCUCUUGCAUUCAGGGCCUGCUUGCAGGCUCCCCACAGACAUUGGCUGGCCAUUGUGAGAACAGGAUGCUGGAUUGGAUGGGCCUUUUGGUCUGACAGGGUGACAGAUGCUGUGUUAAAACCAUCUAAGAAGACAUGCAAAAAAUCCAGAGAGGUCUAUCUAGGGCUGUUGGUCAUUAUGGCAAAAUGGAACUUCCAGAUUCAGAAGCACAGAUAUCACUGAAUAUCAGUUGCUGAGGAGCAAUGAAAGGAGUGAACCACUGCCAUCAUGGCUGGCUGGAGGCAUCUGGUUGGCCACUAUGGAAGGCAGGAUGUUGGACUUUGCAUCAGAGCAACCUCUGUUGGUUAUUUUGUUUUGUUUUUAAUAAUGAUCAAGGACAACCAAAUGCAGAUUUAAAAUCCUGUUGGUUUUCAGCACCAAAGAGUUGAACCCAUGUUAAAACACACCGGGUUGUAUCAAACUAAAUUCUGCUGAGAGCAGACCUACUGAAAAUAAUGAAGCCAGGUUAGUCAUGCCAAUUAAUUUCAGUGGGUCUACUCUGAGUAAGACUGUGCUUAGAUACAACCCAUUGCUAGGCAAAGUCUCCUGAUGCUAUCUUCCUCCUGUCUCCUGAAUAGGAAUUGCUUUGGAUAACUUUCUUACUGAAAUUCAUGGAGUUAAAAAUUGCGCAGUUCACGGCUGGAUCAUGUCUUUACAAUGUUAAGCUGCAUAAAUGAUUUAUAAUUUGGGAUAAAAAAUUCUGGAGGUGUAGCUCAGCUAUUAUAUUGCAGCAAACCCAACAAAGUAUUUUGUGACACCUUAGAGUCUAACAAAUUUAUUGCUGCAUAAACUUUUGCGGCUUAACUGCCUCUGAUGAAGGGGACUCUAGCCUACCAAAGCUUAAGUCACUAUAAAUUUUAGUCUUUGUAAUGCCACAACACCAUUUUUAUUUAUUUAAUUCAUGCGAUUUAUGUACCGUUUGAUUGUAGAAAACCUCAAAGUGGUUUACUAUAAAAUGUAUAGGGAUGUCCAGUCCUUACUUUAUUUAAUGUAUUAACUUUUUCAUAGUGCAAAACUUUGUUGCUAUUAUUUUGAAAAAUCACAAAAAAGGUAAAAACACUUACCAUCCCAGAACUUUUGCAUUCAUUCCCCCAACGAACUGCAGAUUCCUUCCUAUUGGGCUAGUAGGUAUCAACACUGCAUACCUGCAAUGCUUCUAUUACAGGUAACUCCUCAUUUGCGCACAUUCAACAUGCGCACAAUUGCUGGCAUAUGCAGUUUUGGACACUAGGAAGGGGUGUGUGGCAUAACAGGGCAGGGACAGGCUUACCUGUGUCCCACUGAUGCACGCAGUGCCUCGGAGCGCAACCCCCGCAUAAAUGGGGAGUUGCCUGUACUGAAAACAUGAGGACUGACUAGCGAUUUGCUUUCCUUUUUAAACUGAAGAUUGAAAAUGUAGAGAAGGGGGCUGUAGUAGCUCUUAGAGGCAACCAGCCCCCCCCCCAUAAUUAUUAUUGCUAUUAUUAUUUAUUAAAUUUGUAGCAGCUCCCACCCUCCCUGCAGUGAUGGUGAUGACGCAGCCUUUAGCUCUUCAAUCACACACUCCCUCUAGAUUAAAAGUAGAGGAACCUUAUAAAUGCAAGCAAAAACGCAGAGCCUUGCCAUCUUUGUGUGCAGGUUCAAGGGCAGCCGGAAGGACGAAAUCUUGGGCAUCGCCAACAACCGCUUGAUCCGCAUUGACCUGGCCGUUGGAGACGUGGUGAAGACCUGGCGGUUCAGCAAUAUGCGCCAGUGGAAUGUCAACUGGGAUAUCCGGCAGGUCAGCGGUGGGGUGGGGAGCUUGGGAUUUGAGUUCUCUGAAUAUGCAUUUUUCGUAGCCAGUCCCUGACUCUUACUAACAACGUAGCAGUGCAGGUGAGAGGGCAGGAAGUGUGGGCGACGGCACAGCCCUUCCCAUUUCCCCUUAAGUGGCAAAACAGGACAGGCUGCCCCUGCCUCCAUGCUCCAUCGUCCCCGACCAUUGGCUGUGGAUGAUGGAAGUUGUGAGUUGAGCAACAUUUGGAGGGCACCAACGUUGCCUAUCCUUGCAUUAGAUUUGAUUGAGACAAAUGCACAAGUAAAAGGACAUGUCUUCCUCCCCGCCCCCCACUGCAGUUUUGGCCUAAAGAGAACAACCCUUUAAACUUUAUUGCUUAUUCGCCUGUACAAGAUUUAUACGCACCAUAGGUGACCACCCAAAGAGACGUCCACAAGCUCAGCUUUUAACCUUCUUUCCCCAGGUGGCCAUAGAGUUUGAUGAGCACAUCAACGUGGCCUUCAGCUGCAUUUCUGCUGGCUGCAAGAUCGUGCACGAGUACAUUGGCGGGUACAUCUUCUUGUCCACCCGCGCAAAUGACAGGAGCCAGACGCUGGAUGAAGAACUCUUCCACAAGCUGACGGGAGGCCAUGAAGCUCUCUGACCUUCUUCCACACCCUAGGGCUCCCCCAGAAACUGCGCACACUAGGCCAGUCUCUUUGUGGAGGUGUCUGAUCAGAGACUCUUAACCGGGGUCAAUUGUGCCCUAUAAGGGCUUGGGAAUACUUACUGGGCGUGAUAAAUAUUUCCCAAUAUGAGCAUAGGAGCAGAGAUCUGCAGGAAUUGUAUUCUAAGGAGUGUGGCAAUCGGCGUGCUUGUGGUAGAGAGGGAGGGAUGUCUUGUCAUGCCUUUUUCUUGGGAGGGGAUGCGCAAAUUCCUGGAACCAGCCUCUCACCCCAAAUCCAUAUCUGCCCUUUUGCAUUAUGUUAGGAUGUGUAUAGCCUGCAGAACCUUCCUAGUCCUACAGUUCACUCGGGGGGAGUGUGUGUGCUCAGCGUUAAGUCAGCAAUUGUUGUGGGGGGCAUUUAAGGAUAUUUUGAUGUCACAAAAUUGUAUUGUUGUCUAUUUUGCUGGGGGAUUUGCUUUUUUUGUUUUCAUUAUCUAUCCCAAGGAGCUAUAAAAAUAUAUAAAUAAAUACAUACUUGUAAUGCUUCUCAUUGUCCUUUCUCCACAUUUUCCCACAAUGACUUGUUUUGUCUCCGUGAAAUAAACAUAUCAUCUCACUGUUCACUUGAAAAACAAUAUCCGCCUCAUUUAUGGGUAGUCUAUCCUUGGUUUUCUCUUUUGUUUUGUUCCGCUUCUCGCUUUCCAGGUGGAUGUUGUGAAUAAUUCCUUCUGUUCUGUGUUCAGAUAUGAGUACUGGUGCUUACGCUGCCAAAACAGCACCAUCCAGACAUAAUGGAGAGGUAGCAGCAGGCUGGAGAAAAGCCAAAAAAAACCAAAAGAAUCCCAACAAGGAAAAGGGAUGCCAAAGAAGUACAAUGGAAAAACAAAAGCAGAAAUUGCUACAGUACGUCUGUGGCCUGGCAUGGAAAUCAGUCGAGCGAAUACAAUCAGUAUUUUGUUCACAUCAUCACUUCAAACAAUAUGUAAUCAGUUGCUUUUCUUUUUAAGUGUUUGGAUAAAGCCUUUACAUUGAAAUGAAUGUAAGUGCCAUAAAUUACGAAGAGGUAGAUGCAUCCAGUGGCUCAGGAUCAGGACAGUUGAGGGACAACACACACC